UUAUCUUUCAUUUGGGGAUGAUGUAUCUAUUUUCGUUAUUCCUCACGACUAUUUUUGUGGGAGAAUUUUUCAUUUUUGUAAACAGUUGUUGAUUUUUGUUUUCGAGUUGUGUUUGGUUGGAAUGUGUUUUUGUGUUUCAUUUUCCUGUUAUUUUUCCUUUUUGUUCUCGAUCUUGACAACUUAUAUGGAACAAAUUAUCGUCUCCGUAAAUGGAUUAUUUCGUGAAGGUAAAAUGGUGAAGAAACUGGAUAUGAUCAGUGAUAUUGACGACAAAAGGGAAACACUUAAGGUUGCUAUCCGAAUUAAAGAUUUGUGCCUAACCCUUGGUUCCUAUGGAACUACGUGGUUCCAACUUUGUUGUUUCUAUUGGAUGCUAGCUACGGUGUUGAAGAAACAAUUCUCAUGGAGCAUGGUUCUGAGAUAAAGUAGAGAAACUGUUGAUUGAAACCACGGGGUUUAGGGUAUCAUUUCAUUUCUCAGCAAUUUAUUAAAAAUGUUACAUCAGAGAUGGGAGUGCAUGGAUCACUAGCUCUUUGAUGUGGCCAAAGUGGCCAACAGAGGACAUGCCCAUCGAUUAUGAAGUAUUUGCAAUUUGAAAGGGUUACA